GGCGGGGGCAGGGGCACAGUGAGAACUCUUGCCCGGAAAAAUAGGGUGAUAGGAAACUGAUGCUCAAAUAAGGAGGAAUAAGGCCUGGGAAGGAGUGGCGGGACAGCCAGACCCCCUUGGUCUCCCAGCUUCUGAGAUAGUCCCUGCCUUAUCUGACUGGACCAAGGCCUGUGAGGCCAUUUGGUAGUGGGGGGCCCUUACCACAUGGAACAGCCCCCCCCCCAACCCCCGCCUCACGCUGGUCCCAGCCAGAGAGCCCAGCCUGCAAGAGCUGGCACGGGGCCACCCGCCCAGGGCUUCUACAUCUACAGGUCCCCGGAGCCCUCCACAGGCCUGAGCCCUGGGAUGGAGCCUGAGGCAGUGCUGUGGGGCCCGGAACUGCAGGGUCCUGAGCAGAGCCCGAAUGAUGCUGACAAAGGUGCCGAGAGUGGGAACGAAGAGGAGAGCCCUCAGCAGGAAAGUUCUGGGGAGGAGGUCAUCUUGGGAGAUCCAGCUCAGAGUCCAGAAUUCAAGGACCCACCAGAGAUGCCCCUGGAGGGGCCCUCCCUGAGUCCCUCUACCCCCCAGGACCCCCCAACCCCACCGAGUCAUCCCAACCCCUUGGGUCACCAGACCUCUCUGGAUCCCCCAGCCUCUGAGGUAGUUCCUGCCCAGUCUGACUGGACCAAGGCCUGUGAAGCCAGUUGGCAGUGGGGGGCCCUUACCACAUGGAACAAUCCCCCAGUGGUCCCGGCCAACGAGCCCAGCCUUCGAGAGCUGGUACAAGGCCGCCCAUCCGGGGCUGAGAAGCCUUACAUCUGCAACGAAUGCGGCAAGAGCUUCAGCCAGUGGUCCAAGCUGCUGCGGCACCAGCGCAUCCACACCGGCGAGCGUCCCAACACCUGCUCGGAGUGCGGCAAGAGCUUCACCCAGAGCUCCCACCUGGUGCAGCACCAGCGCACCCACACAGGCGAGAAGCCCUACAAGUGCCCCGACUGCGGCAAGUGCUUCAGCUGGAGCUCCAACCUGGUGCAGCACCAGCGCACACAUACAGGUGAGAAGCCCUACAAGUGCACCGAGUGCGAAAAGGCCUUCACCCAGAGCACCAACCUCAUCAAGCACCAGCGCUCCCACACAGGCGAGAAGCCAUACAAGUGUGGAGAGUGCCGGCGGGCUUUCUACCGCAGCUCGGAUCUCAUUCAGCACCAGGCUACCCACACGGGCGAGAAGCCCUAUAAGUGCCCUGAGUGCGGCAAGCGCUUCGGCCAGAACCACAACCUCCUCAAGCACCAGAAGAUCCACGCUGGUGAGAAGCCGUAUCGCUGCACCGAGUGUGGCAAAAGCUUCAUCCAGAGCUCCGAGCUGACACAGCACCAGCGCACACACACUGGUGAGAAGCCCUAUGAGUGCCUCGAAUGUGGCAAGAGCUUCGGCCACAGCUCAACCCUCAUCAAGCACCAGCGGACUCACCUCCGUGAGGACCCCUUCAAGUGUCCUGUGUGUGGCAAGACCUUCACCCUGAGUGCCACGCUGCUGCGGCACCAGCGCACACACACGGGCGAGCGGCCAUACAAGUGCCCCGAGUGCGGUAAGAGCUUCAGCGUCAGCUCCAACCUCAUUAACCACCAACGGAUCCACCGCGGUGAGCGGCCCUACAUCUGUGCAGACUGUGGCAAAAGCUUCAUCAUGAGCUCCACCCUCAUCCGCCACCAGCGCAUCCACACUGGCGAGAAGCCCUACAAGUGCUCCGACUGCGGCAAGAGCUUCAUCCGGAGCUCCCACCUCAUCCAGCACCGACGCACCCACACAGGCGAGAAGCCCUACAAGUGCCCCGAGUGCGGCAAGAGCUUCAGCCAGAGUUCCAACCUUAUCACCCACGUGCGCACCCACAUGGAUGAGAACCUCUUUGUCUGCUCCGACUGCGGGAAGGCCUUCCUGGAGGCCCACGAGCUGGAGCAGCAUCGGGUGAUCCAUGAGAGGGGGAAGACCCCAGCCCGGAGAGCUCAGGGUGACUCCCUGCUGGGGUUUGGGGACCCUGCCCUGCUGACCCCACCGCCUGGAGCCAAACCCCACAAGUGUCUGGUGUGUGGCAAGGGCUUCAAUGAUGAGGGCAUCUUCAUGCAACAUCAGAGGAUCCACAUUGGCGAGAACCCCUACAAGAAUUCGGAUGGCCUCAUUGCACACCCGGCCCCCAGACCGCCUCAGUUCCGACCCCCGAGGCUGCCUUUUGGAGGGAAUUCCUAUGCAGGUGCGGCAGAGGGCCGAGCCGACCCCCCGGGACAGCCCUUUAAAAUGCCCGACGGGCAGGAGAGUUUCAGCCAGAGGCUGGGGCUGCUCUCAUCCAAGUCCUACAUUUGUUCCCACUGUGGAGAGAGCUUCCUGGAUCGCUCUGUCCUCCUCCAACAUCAGCUCACCCACGGCAACGAAAAGCCCUUUCUCUUUCCCGAUUAUAGGAUUGGACUUGGGGAAGGGGCAGGGCCCAGUCCCUUCCUAAGUGGAAAGCCCUUUAAAUGUCCGGAAUGCAAAAAAAGCUUUGGCCUCAGCUCUGAGCUGCUGCAGCACCAGAAAGUCCAUGCAGGUGGGAAACCCCAGAAAAGUUCCGAGCUGGGGAAGACCUCUUCUGUUCUCCUGGAGCACCUCAAGAGCCCCUUGGGGGCCAGACCCUACAGCUGCUCAGAUUGUGGCGCCUCCUUCCUCGAUCGCCUGGCCCUCGUUAGGCACCAGGAGAUCCACACCCAAGAAAAGUCCCCCAGACCUGAGGACCCACUUCCAGAGCCAGCCACCCUGUCCACAAGUCGGGAAGGUGACGGGGAAGUCCCCACCCCCACAGAAAGUAGCAAUCACGGAGAAGGGGGAAACCCCAAAACCCUCUUGGAAGAAAAACCCUAUUUGUGCCCUGAGUGUGGAGAUGGCUUCGCAGAAGUUGCAGCCCUCCUCCUCCAUAGGAGCUGCCACCCAGGCGUCUCCCUCUGAAGUGAGUCUGGAGACCAGGGGGCCUCUCUCUACUGAGAGGAACACGGGCUCCCCAAAGGAAUUAUGCAGAGAAAGGAAGAAAAGCUGGUUAGAUUGUAAAGAAAGUGGAGGAUAAAGAACCCUGGGUAAAAAUAAUCCUUUUACAUGAGUGAUGAAAAACCCUAUAAAAUUGUUGGGGGGUACCACUUAUAAGGCAGUAUAAAAAAAACUGUUGGGUUAGAAACCCUAUAAAUAUGUAGGAAAAAAGAAAAGUCCUUUAAGUCUGUAGCAGAAAAAUCCUAUAAACCAUAGUGGAUAAAAGCCCUAUUAAUUGUAGGAAAAGGUCCAACAUGUCUCUAGACAACCCUAUAAAACUGUAUCAAAAUCCUUGUGAAACUAUAGGGUCGGGGAAAUGCAGGGAAUACAAUAGCAUUGACUUGGGAGGAGUGGCCCUCAGAAGGUAUAGGAAAACCUUCCAUAAACUUGUUCCACAGUGUUCUCUCCCACUGGAGUAGGGGAGGGAGCCUCUCUCCUGGCAGCCUUGGAUAAUUACCCCGAGGAAAAUGCUCAGCUGGGGAGUAGCAUGGAAAUCGGGUGGAACGGGAAGAGGAGGAGAACAGAAAUGGGAAAGAUAGCCAAGUGAGCAGAAGAGGAGAAAUGACAGAGGAACUAAUUGCACUGGGGCUCCUUGGGGUAAGAGGCCAAUCUUGGAAGAAUUAUGUGUGUUAGGCAAAGAGACCCAUAGAAUUCCUUAUCAAGAAGAGCCCAAACAUGGGGGGAAAAAAAGUCUGGCAAGCCUUUUUAAGGGCUGAUGUUUGGGGUUCACAGAAAUUUCAGUGUUAGAAUACUGGGAAUCCACCACAAAAAUCAGGGGAAAGAGUUGGGAGGAUUUCUGUUAGAUUGCUUUGAGGGAAGGAAACCAAGGUGGAGAAACUGUUGAAAUGAAACCCAGCUAACUCCAGGCUGCCCAGUCCUCCCUGCUUCUGGGAGCUUCUGCAGGUACAAGCGGAUCCUAGCUCUGGCCACCAAGACUUGCCCCAAUCCAGGCAUGACUACCCCAUCUCCCAGCCCAGCUGGGGUUUCUACUCCAUAGAAGAGGCAUCCUGGAACAGGGGGCCCCUCUUUCCACAUUCUCAGGUCUCACUGUCAGGGGGUUUUCCUGAAAUCUAACUGCCGCCAGUCUUGCUGCGGUGGCAGUCCAUCUCCUCACAUUCUGUCCUCAGUGGAGAAGGAGCACUGCUGCUAGUUGACCUCCAAAGAAUAAAGCCCUUUAGAGACUCAAGGCCUGUGUGUAGUCAAGUCCUCUCUAGGCCUCUCCUCUUCAAGUCAGUCACAGCCGUGGUGGAUUCUCUGUGGCAACAAGAGACAGCAAGCUGAUCGAAUAGAAUGCUUCAAUUAGCCAGCAACCUGAUUUUUAAACCUCAGUCUUCCAUUUGAGCUGUUAGCAAGGCAGCCUUGCAGGAUGAACGGCCUGCAUAUAGUGGUGGGUGUCCAACACCUCAUGGACUGGACCAUGGGUCCCCGAAGAGUUUACAGAGGCCUGACCACCUUCCCCAUCCUGGUACCUGGAGCCCUCUGAGGUUGUAAUGACCCAGCCAACAGAUCCCACCCACUUGGCUCCUCUCCUCCUCAGCCAGAAACCUGAGAAACAGAAGGAACGAGAAAACAGCCCACCUCCUGUUCUCACACAGUUAACACACUUUCAUAAAUGCAGCCAAACUCACUAACGUGACUGGGUGUGUGCGGUAGGGAAAAGAGACUCUGGCUCUGUAAAAUGGUUGAAAAGAGAACUCUUGAGAGAAACAUCUGUAUCAAGAACGCCACCCCUUAAGCCUGGAGACCCUUAACGAAGGAGAGGACUCUUUAGUGCUGGAUCUGAAAGGAAGUGCCCACUGAACCCACAUGGGCAGGGUGAGGUGGCCCUUCAGGAGUUGUGUCCCCAGAGGGGGUGACCUGAAUUCCUACAGAGCUGUGGAAGAGACCUCUAGUUCCACAUUACCUAAAAGGUGAAAAUCCUUCACCCUUCAUCUCUCCUGCCUCCAAAGUAAUGAUCCUGAAAUUUAAAAGGAUCAAAAUCUAGAACAUUGUAGGAGAAAACUUGCAGGCUUGCUGGGGAGAGAGAAAAGGCAGGCCAUGUAUGAUUGUGGAGGGGGGGAACCUUGUUAACAUCUGCAUAACGCCCCCCCACCACAACCUCACCCAAAUGCCAGGUAGGAAAGCACUACUGAGAGGGAAGGAGGAGCCUGCCUCCAAGACCUCUAUCAAAAGAAACUUUAACAAAGGGGUGUCCCUAUAAGACUGAGGAAAAGGAGUCAAAUCCUCCAAGUCUAAGCAGAUUUUUUUUUUUUCCUCUAAGAUGAUAGCAGAGAGAAAAAAGUUGUAGAGACAAACCCCUUGUAAAACUAGAAGCAGAUCCCCUCGGGAACAGGUCUGAGGAAUCUGUCCCCAGAAAACAGUUCGGGGGAACAGCCUUUGGGGCUCAGAGUCCAGUCCGAGGAGAGGUGGUCUACGUAGUCAUAGGCCAGCUGUAGGCCUGUCAGGACUAGGGUGUAGCAUAUAGUAGGAUGCUCGCAUGUUGUAGGGGCGGGUGAGGGCUAAGGGUCUCGGCUCCGGUACUGAACGGAUGAUGUGGACAUGAUUCAUUGGGGUCUGGGGUUCCAAAGCAGGAAAAGGGCAGAGUCGAAGAUCUUUGGGGUGUGGCCUGUUCUCUCUUGCCCACCCACCCCUACUUCCCUCCUUUAGCGAGGUACUUCCCUCCAGAGUGAGCUGUAUCUUGUUGGGAGGGACCAAGGGAGCUGGCCAGGAGUGGUGGCCCACCAACUGAAUGGCAGCAUCUGGUGUCCCUCUGCCCGGCUCGGGCAGAGACACAGGGGCCACAGCACUUGCCCACCAGAACUGAGUUAAAGGCUUAGCACACCAUCCCCUCUUGUCCAGCUCCAUGCAGGCCCCAGACCCCUCAGAAGUGCCCAGUGGGGGUGUCCAACAAACAUGGCCAAGGAGUCAUUGGGGGAAAGGAAAAACUGAUCUUAGUGUGAAACCUGAAACUGCUGUGGCUAUGGAGGUCAGAUGGGAACUCUAAAGAACUGGGCAUGAAUCCUGAAUGGUGGGGAAACUUGAAACCAUCACAACCAAGAUGUGGGGUUCCAUGACAACCCCCACACACUGAGGUGAGCAGCCCCAGACUCGUUUGUCCUAAUAAGGGCAACCCCACUCGCCUAAGUUAUCCCCCUGGAGCGAAGAGAGGCCCCACCUUUGAGUGUUGUGUGUUAAUAACAGUGUUGUGUCACCGGUGGUCAUGUUGAUUAGUUGAAGAGAAUAAAGGGAAUAAGAUUU